CGAGCUGUAUCCAUUUGACAGGGUGGUUCUUGUAGAACCGCACACCGGUUGACUCAUAGCCCUGUACUGUCUUGAGCUUGUAGAGAUCAGCAAUGAAUAGUUUGACCCAGGAUGUAUAAGUCGGGGAGAGAUCGUAGUAGCAGGGGUCAUGAUACUCGAAGCUUUGCAUAGAUCAUGCCCGGCUCCUUCUGCAGCCUGUCUAGCUCUAUAAAAUGAGUCACUACCCAGCAGCUCUGAUGUCCACAGGCUCAACUCUGUCAACUUUGGCUCGUCGUUGUUGACUUGAGAUGACGCCGGGCGACGACUCCGCAAACCACAACGAGCAGCUGCAGCAUCACCCACACUUCCCAGGAACUUGCAUCCGCGUACUGCUCACCGGCAACAAAGGGCCAAGAGCGGCUCUUACUCCGGCAAGUUUUGCUCAAAUGAGCAGACUCCUGGUCCGCUACACAAUCCCACUCACAGAGUCGGAGGCUGCAGGUCACAGAUUGGGCGUCAACGCGCUCGCUGUCGACCCCACAGGCAGUGGCACACUCUACAGCGCUGGCCGCGACGGUGUGAUUGCAGCAUGGGACCUGAGUAUGAGCACGAGUCGGUGUGCCAACAAGUUCAACGACUCUGAAUUCGAGUAUCAGGUGGAUCAAAUACAUGGCCCAAGCAGAAUGAAGACGUCCAUACAGGCAGAUACCAACUGGAUCAACCAAAUGUCCAUCUCAGCCGACUAUCAGACUGUAUACACCUGCUCAAGCGACACACUCGUCAAGGCUUGGCGCCCAAAUUCAGCGCAACAGGACAAAGCCGUCACCCUCGGCUCACAUGGAGACUAUGUUAAAUGUCUGACGGUGCCAAAGUUCACCACAGAUUGGAUCGCAACAGGCGGUCUCGACAGGGACAUCGUCCUUUGGGAUACAGCAGGAACUGGGGAGCGCAUGCGCAUCAAUGAGCACAGCGUCGAUGGCGGUAUGAAACAAAGUGUCUAUGCCCUGGCCGCUGGACCCAACAUGCUUUGCAGUGGUGGCAUUGAAAAGGUCAUUCGCUUGUGGGAUACGCGCAGCGCCCAGCGCAUCACGAAGUUCGUGGGCCACACAGAUAAUGUGCGAGCCAUCUUGUGCUCAGACGACGGCAAGACGUUUGUUUCGGCAUCGUCAGACUCGACCAUCAAGAUUUGGGAUUCAACAGCCGGCCGUUGCUUACACACCAUGACUUUUCACUCGGAUCCCAUCUGGGCACUACACAGCGAGCAUCCUGACCUCGCCGUGUUUUACGCAGGAGAUCGCUCGGGUAUUGUGUCAAAGACAGAUUUGCGUCAUGUCGGUGGCGACAAGACGGAGUCCAUUGCUUUGCUCAAAGAGUCUUCCAGCAUCAACAGUCUUGCAUUGCUGGGCGAUCACCUCUUUACUGCAACGGCAUCGAGCAGCAUCAACCGCUGGCGAGACACAGAGACCAUGCCGACAGACCCUUUCGAUGAUCCAGAGAAUCUACAAGCUUCAUUGUCAAGGAUGGAGACGCAAAAUUCGUCCAUUUCAAGAUCAAAGCUCUCAGUCAAUGGUGCAACACGCCGAGUCUCCACCUUUUCAGCAGCGUCAGUCGUCAGUCUUGGUCUUGACUCUGAGCGGAGAGCAUCAGUGGAGAGCUUGGAACCAAAGAGAGAGGCUCCAGAAGCGACCAUACAGGGACAAGCCGGCCUCAUUGCUCACGUCAUGCUGAGCGAUCGCAUUCAUGUGCUGACCCGGGACACAGCCGGUGUUGUUAGUCUUUGGAAUAUUGCACAAUGUCAAAAAGUCAAGGACUACGGUAAAGUGGACAUUGAGCAUGUCGAGGACACGCUACAAAGCCCGUUGGCUAUUCCUAGCUGGUGUUCAGUCAACACACGCGUGGGUGCACUGACGGUUGAAAUGGAUCCCCGGAAUUUACUUGACGCAGAGACCUACUUUGACACUGUGCUGGACAAAAAGGCGCUUGACUUUGAUACGCGCAACAGGCGGUUCAAUCUUGGCAAGUGGAUGUUGAAUGGACUCUUCAAAGGCCUCAUCGAUGCAGAACUCUUGCGCGACUCUGUCGAGUGCUCACGAUUGCGCAAACGCCGGCCUUCAAAGCUCGAUCUCGGUGAUUUGACCAUGAAUGGUGGUGGCCUAGAGACACCAAGACCCAGUGCUGGUGGAACACGCAGCGCCAUGAUGCAGACGCCUGGCAGUUCGGUUGGUUUGGCAACGCCGAUGCCCACUUACAAUGCCAAGCCAGGUCAUACUCGGCAGAGCUCUCAAGAGCCAACAACGCCGGUCGCAGGCGAUUACUUUGCCGACUCUCACGGCAAGGACAAGAAUGAGAAGGACGGCAGUGAGCCAACCACUCCUGGCGGCAUGAAGACGCCUGGUGGUGGAUCCUUCAUGAAGGGAAUGAAGUGGAUGCGGGGUAAUAAGACUGCCAAGUCGCCUGCCGCUGACAAGGUGACACCGAAGGAUGCUGUGACGCCAGCUGCAGUCUUGAAGUCUGCCCCGGCGGAUUUGCCGCCCACCAAUUUCAAGGAGGUGGUCGAGCGUCAACGGAAGCACUUUGUCGAAGAAGAAAAGGAUGGUGGUUCACGCAAGACGUGGAUCGUACCGCUUGACCCGAUGCCGCCGCUCAUUGUACCAAAGCAGGUGGAGCUUGGUAUUGCAGACUUCAAGCCUGGUGAAGGCGAGGCAAAGGACAUCUAUCGCGGUUCGGUCGGGGGUCUCACCUCUGAGCUGUCCAAGGUCUCUUCCAUCCUUCCUGCUUGGCUCGCUCAGGUCUUACUCUUGAAUGAGAUGCCACCUGCCAUGCACAAUCUCGAGCAAGCCAAGCUCUACUUUUGCUUUGCGCCAUUACCUGGCAGCAAGCUGGGCGAUCCCUUCAAUCAGCCCGACAAUGUUAUGCGUCUGGGAGCCGCUCGCAGUCUUCGUGUGCGCAAGGCCUUGACCUACAUCUCGCAGCGGCUAGAGUCCUCUGUGGUGGAGCAAGAAGGUAAAGGCGGCAACGAGGAGGACUGGCUCGAGAUCCGGGUGAACGGCACUGCCGUGGACCCUGACUGGACGCUGCUGAUGGUGCGGCGGCAUCUAUGGAAGCAAGGCGGCGACAUGCGGCUCGAGUACCAGCUGAAGAGUGAGGCGGCGACGUCGUAGAAGUGAUAUUUAAGCUUUUGUACAGAUACACCACCA